AAGUGGUUUGUUCACAGGCAGACUAAAAAAAAAAACUGGAAAAAAAAUUACUGAUUGCUGCAGUACAUAGUACUAUGAGUCUAUAGCUUUUCUAAUAUCACUGUUAGAGUGACACUUAUGGAUUUGCAUUCGUGUGUGUGUGUGUUCACACCUGCCAACUUUCUGCGCAUUCCCUCAGUCUUUCAUGCUAAGAACUGAACGCUGGUCUUGAGGAAACUGAAAAUGUCUGGGUUUUGUUGCAGGUGCUGCGGGUGUAAAAGAUGAGGCUGAACGAGAGCCGGACGAGGCCCUUCCAGGCUCCUGCCACUGUGCACACCUUCCCGGGCAGGCAGCUGUUCGUGUUCCCCAAUGGCCGCUCCGACUCUGACGAGUCCUCGGAGGAGGAGCUCAACGUGAUGGAAUUGCGGCCCCGGGGCAAGGAGCAGCCGCGGAGCAGCAGCCGGGACAGGCUGGGGGACGUGGUGCUUCUGGAGAGGGAGCUCACCCAGGAGGACAGCCUCAACAAGCUGGCCCUGCAGUACGGCUGUAAGGUUGCAGAUAUCAAACGUGUCAACAACUUCAUCCGGGAGCAGGACCUGUACGCGCUGAAGUCCAUCAAGAUCCCGGUGCGGCCGCACGGGCUGCUCACCGAGAGCGCCGGGGCGCUGCGGCCGCCCGCGGCGGGGCCCGCCCAGCCCGGCCUGACGCGCCUGGAGCCGCCCGAGCCCGAGCCCGAGCCCAGCGCCGGCGGCUCUCCCGUGCCCGAGGCGGGGAAGCGGGACGCUGGUAGCGGUGCGGACUGCGGAAUCCAGUGGUGGAACGCCGUGUUCAUUAUGCUCCUGAUAGGAAUUGUCCUGCCAGUGUUUUAUAUCAUCUAUUUCAAAACACAAGGCCUGGCGGCCCACACCUUUAACAUAACAACCCCAAAUGUUUCAACAGCUGCGUUGGAAGGGAAACUAACACAAGGCCCAGGCGUAGGAAAAAAAACCUAAGGGGAAAGCACAGCCCACUGCAGCCUCUCCAGCAGUGAUGCCCGUAUGCUCGUGACUGACUCAAGUGCAUCCAAGGGGAUACAACAAUACAGAUUGUUUUUAUUUUUAUAAGUAGCUGAUGAUGUAAUCCUGAAAUUGACUGAAAAUAAGGUGAUGUGAGGGAAAGUAUUUUGUAGCAAUUUACUCAUUGUGGUUGCUUCAGGUAUUUCUUAAUGCCAUGUCUAGAAGCAAAUUCUUUGCUGCUGAGCUAGAGAGUGCAGUAUUAAUGUGGUUGGGAAUUUGGGGUUGUGUGCAUUUUAAGGGAACACUUUUUGCUGGGUUAGAAGCGGGGGAUGCUUUUUCUCAGAAGCAUCAUUUUUGUCUCUUGCAGACCAUGGUGGUUUCGGCCUGCUUGACCCUAAUGAUGACUUCUGGGGCUCUAAGCUGGGUGUGCCAGGGCACAAGGACGCUGCCAGCACCCCACAUUGUCACCCCCCAC